AUGUCCGCGACGACGAGCAGCACAGACUGGGUCGCCCGCGUCGUCGACGUCGACUGCAACCGCUCCCUCCACGAAAUCCGCGUCCUCUUCUCCCAGUGUGGCGAAAUCCGCGGCAUCCACCCCUGGCGGAGCGACAAGUCCCCGCAGCAGCACUUCUUCGUCGAGUUCGCCCACGCGUCCGGCGUCGCGCGCGCGCGCGCCCUGGGCAAGCUGCACCACCACCUCAGCGUGCACGCGCUCGCGAUGGUGCCCCAGCUCGUCGAGCGCUGCCGGCGCGUCCUGGAUCGCGGGGCGGGCGCGGGCGCUUCGAGGCAGGCUUCGCCCUCUUCGCGGGAGUCGUCGGUGGGGCCGGUGAGGAGGCGUACAAGGAGGGGCGGGGGGAGGGGGAGGAAUAGCGUGGGGUAUUUGGGUGCUAGGGAGGAGAUGAGCAGGGCUGGGCAGGAGAGCGUGGAAGGGUGGGGGGACUCUCCACCGCCGUUCUCGUCUAACGCGUUCAGGGCUGCUCCGAACGUCGACCUCGCGGAGCCGGAGGACAACGCGGGUCGGGCGCAGCUGGAUAUCCCUUCUUCGUCAUUAACAGCUUUGUUGUCUUCUCUAUCUCCGCAAGCGCUCCUCGCGUCGCCGCCACCCAUCCCCGUCCAUCUGGAUCCCCCCUCAGUUUCAGCUUCCCUUCCAUCCUGCUCCAAUGCGCAUAUCGUCCUGACCAUCUGCGGGGAACGCAUCAGCCUGGACCUUGACUCGCUCGGCGACGACCCGCAGCCCGUGAUCGCGCUCCUUCAGACGGCGCAGUGCGGACGGGAGGCCUGGAUGGUGGCCGGCGGGCACUACCGCAUGCGCGGGAGGCCGCGCGCGGCGCUGGCGGUUGUGGCUGCCAUGGUGGACGUGCUCACGGCGGCGGGUGUGAGUGAGCGGGAGAUGAGGCCGGCGUGGGUGUUGAUGGCGGGGUGUCAUCGGGAUUUGGCGCGCGCGGGAGGGGGGGAGGGGGAGGGGCAUAAGGGGGAGGCGGUGAGGUUGUUGCAGAGGGUGUAUGGGAGGGAUGUGCCGUGUCUGGACUCGGCGGUAUCACUGGGUGCAGGCGCGGGUGGCGUAGCUUCAGGUACUGCCGUUGUCCCUCCAUCCCCACAAAGAGAACGCGAGGCGGGCCGCGUGCGCAUCCUCGAGCGCGAGGUCGAGAGUCUGCGCGCGCGGCUCGACGAGGCGGGACGGAAGGAGGAGGGCGACAGGAAGCGCAGGCGGGAGAGGGAGCGCGAGGUGGAGGCGGUGAGGGGGGAGCUGGAGGAGGCGCGCAGGCGGGAGGGGGAGAGGAGGGUGGCAGAGGCGGGGGUGUUGGAGGAGCUGGAGGGCGUGUUGAGGCGGGCGAGGAGGGGGUGAGGGCGGUUUGGUCGCGCGGGAUUUGCAUUUUUCUGUCCUUGUGCUCGGUUCGCUCGUUGCAUGUUUCGUGUGGUUUGCUGCAUUUGAUACCCCUACCAAGUCGCAUUUUCUGACACUCUGCAUUGUGGACUUUUCGCGUAUGUUUGCUGUAAUCAGACUACAUAAUGUGUUGUAAUGUGGAUCCGUGUGUUGUGUUGUAAUCAGCUG